AUGCUCCCCAGGGUGUUUUUAACCACGAGCAAUAUGCGCCAAUGGAUGGCAAAAGUUCCUGCCAAUCAAUUAAAAUAUAAAAAAAACUGCAAAAAAUUGAUUGCAGCAUUUGUGAAGUUAUCAGGCAUGUUAAGCGGCAAAGAUCUAGAUUUCAUUGGUACUUGUCUACAGCUUAAACUUAUUGAAUUCACCGAGGAAUACUCCAAACUUGGACUGCUUACAGUUCAAACAGGGAUGGAAGAAUUCAUUCAGGAUUCUCAGUUCUUACCUGGAAUUUCAAUACUACGCGAGAAAUUAAUGCUGCAAGGCAAUAAAUUGGACCAAUCUGUUGCAAAGGCAAAGGACUCAAUUUCAACGCCAAUGUCGCUUGCAAAUUGUAUCGCUAUUGUCGAGAAGGAUCCGUACGUCCUCAACGACGCGGCAUUUAUAGAUCGAUUACAAAGUUUUGCAUUAAAUGAGGGCUCUGCUUCUCAAAUACUUUUUAUGCUAGAGAAAUUGGAUACCAAGACGCCGUUGUCUCGCUUCCAAAUAAAACUACUAGAUCUGUUAACAAUCUAUUUCAAAAAUACACUAGGACCAAGCUCGGUGCCAAAUCUUCACAGAAUAUUUCACAUAUUUGUAACUUUUCGACAACCAAAAAGAAUGAGAAAUAUUUCAAACUUGUUACUAAGUCUUGGUAAGAAAAUGCAUGAUAUAUGUGUACUAGAGUCGGCUAUUGAAUAUGAAGCACGUAUUUUCAAUCAGGACCCAUCGCCGUUAAAUUUUAAUGCCCUUCUUUCCAAAAUGAGAAUGUUGAAUGAAAUCAAUGAAAAAAUUUUUACCUUGUUCCUACAAUGUUGUGCAACAAACUGCACAUAUAAGCUAGGAGUUACUCAAAUUUGCAAAAUAAUUUUGAUGAACCCUCGUUUCCUGGUAUGUUUGAAUAGUGUUGAUGAAGAAUUCAAAACGCUCUUGCUACAUGAAAUACUUUCUCACUUUGAAAAGAAGGAUAAAGCAUUAGCGUCUGUAAUCUGUAAUUCCAUUAUGCGACUGGUUAGCUUCACCGAUUCGAAACUCGAGCAGAAAGUACAGCAUGUUUAUCAAAGGUUUGGCAAAGGUCUACAUAAUGAUAUUCAACUAUUUGACACAUUACCAUCUUCAACCCCAUUUGUAGAAGCUUGUGGCAAAUUAUUAAAAGAGUCUACGUGUGAUAUUAAUGUGUUUGACAAUAUUUGUCAAUCUUUGGAAAAAUGGGAGCCAUUGUCUGCGUCAGAGUACGAGCACCAGCUCCUAAUGCAAAUAUUUCGUUUUUUCCGCAAAAACGGACUAUCAGAUUAUACGGUUCGAUUGUGUGAUAUAUUGAAAACCAAAGAGUGCAGUGAUCAAACUAGGAUAUUCAUGGGGUUUGAAAUGUGCCAUGCAUGUGCCAAGCUCUUGUUAUGGUCCCAAUGGAGUGAUACGUUGGAAGGUCUUCAAUCGGUGAUGAAACGGGCUAAAAAUGUCUGCCUAAGAGAUGUGAUCAGGUACAAAAUUGAACGGAUAUUGAUUUUUGUAGAAAAGGGUGCUUCAAAAGCGGCAACUGAAAAGUUUGCUGAAUUAUUGCAUCUUAUUAAUCUGAGGCCUGAAUUUGAUAUGUCACAAUCGAAAUCCUUACCAUUAAAAGAUAAAUUGGCAAAUUUUUUGAUAUUGGGAAAAUUACAGUUUAUAGCAGCAAGGAUAACAGAUGAUGCUGUGAGUGCGUAUUCAAACAUUAAAACCAGUUUGCAGAUACUUUGCUCCAUCAAGGUAAAGUGUGUAAACGAGAAGAGGAGUGUUGAUGAUUAUGAUUAUGAUGAUGAUGAUGAUGAUGAUGAUGAUAACGACUUGAAAUGGGAAUGUGUACAUCUCCUUUUUGAAGUUUAUAAUGCUGCAACUGAAAAUCUUAUUAAUUUAGGUUUGUCGAAAAACAUUCCAACUUAUUUAAACGAAUGGGUCAAAUUGAACGAUGAAUUUAACAUUCCGAUUGUGAAUUGUGUCAACAAGCUCAAAAUUGGGAUUUAUGGCAAAUUGGCAAACAUUGAGAAAUUCCUGAAAUUUGCUGAAUAUAGGGACGAAAAAGUCAGUGAUAACAAGACUGUUCAGUACUAUCAGAGAGUUGCGAAUAUAUUAAACGAUACAAUUACUACUACUGCUACUGCUACUGCUACCCUAAGAAACAAUCUCACAUUUGACAAUAGAGAAUACAUGUACUUAAACACAGACUUUGCUCAAGGGUAUACAGCUUCGGAUCAAUCAAAAGCCAUGCUAGAAAGUAGCAUUGAGAGCUUAAGUGAAACUCUGGUUUUUGAAACAGUUCCAGGCUCAGUUCAGAUUUUUCCUGCAAUAACUGAGGUUACAGGUGGAAACAUCAAAUCUGUUUCUCCUCAAAUAUUCAACACACUUGUUUGCUGUAAAGACAAUUUGUUGAAAAAACUUCUGCAAAAGCGUUUACCGAUACUACAGGAAAAGGAAUUGUUUUACAACUUUUCACGUUGUGUGCAUUUAAUUUCGUUAAUAAGUGCUUACAGAGGGAAGGAGUUGCUUUAUCGCUUGUAUUUUAUACAGGAUCACAUCAAAUCGGUACCUUUUACAAAUUGUAAAAGUAUGCUAUCCAUGCCAAAGGCUGAUUUCAUUCCCUCGCCACCGAAACCUGCGAUAUCAAACUUUGAAGAUCAGUAUAACAAAUUUAAGGACAAUUUAAAUACGCGCAUACCUAGAGAUUGGCACGUUAUUACCUUGGAUAUUUGCGAACAAACGGGUGAUUUAUUAUUAUCCAAAUAUGAGAAAGACCGCAAUCUUGUAUUUCUCAGACUUUCGUCAUCGCGUUUUAAAGAGCGAGAAGGUGUUGCUGUUAUGAACUUUGCAACCAUGAAGUCUGAAUACCGUCGUAUAUUUGAAGAGAAUCGGAAAUCGACUCAAGCCUCCACCACUGCACUGGUUCGAACUGUUGAAGAUAGGAAAAGAUGGUGGAAGUUGAGAUUUACUCUUGAUUUUGAGUUGAAGGAACUUUGUGACCAUGUAGAGCAGUUUUGGUUUGGAGGAUUUAAGGGAAUUUUCACAGCUUGUGAUCAAGGUUUAUUUAUGAAAUUCAAAGAGGAACUAGUCAAGAUUCUUGGAACGUUGAUUUCAAAGACAAUCAAUAAGGGUAUUACUUUAGCGAACUAUAUUUUUGAGUGUUUUUACUCGUUGCAAGAAUAUGACCGAGCCUGUGUUGACGAUUUGCUAACAUAUAUAAUCCACCUUAUUACUUUUCACACUAACGUAUCAGUGUUAAAUAUUAAUUUUGAAAAGCUUCACACUUCAAUCAAGCUGCUAAUUGGAAAAUACUCUUUCCUUAAAGCCAAAGACCAAAGUCAUAUUGUCCUUAUUCCUAGCUCACGCUGCUCGUUUUUUCCAUGGGAAUCGAUGGAUGUUUUACGUGGACGGUCGGUUACACGAAUGCCGUCGGUAUCAAUGUUGUUGGAGUGUUUAGCAAGCAACAAACAUGAGGUGGAUAAGCUGAAUACUUACUACCUUAUCAAUCCUGGUGGUGACUUAAGAAGCAGCGAGGCUCGUUUCAAACCGUUUGUGGACUGUCAUCAACUGUGGACAGGUUUGGUAGCUACGAAGCCUGACGAAAGUCGGAUAAUCAAGGACAUUUUGAAUUCAAGCUUAUAUUUAUACAUUGGGCAUGGAGGAGGUGACCAAUAUUUCAAAAUGACAUCGUUGUUGAAGCUGUCGAUGGAAAAACUGUUACCCUCGACAUUCUUGAUUGGUUGUUCCUCGGGUGAGAUUCAAGAUAAUGGGAGAUUUGAGCCUCUGGGGAGUAUUCUUAGUUGGUUAAAUUGUGGAUCACCUUUAAUUCUUGCUAAUCUUUGGGAUGUAACCGAUAAGGACAUUGAUGCAUUUACAAUAACAAUGUUCAAUCAUUGGGGAUUGGUACGUAAGGAGCAUGAAAGAGCCGUUAUCACUGAAGCUGUAAACAAAGGUAGGUCUGCUUGUAAUUUAAAGUAUUUGAAUGGGGCUGCUCCAAUUGUAUAUGGGUUGCCCUUGAGUGUAUCGAUAUAG